CUGCAAUACAAAAUGGAGCUCGUUGCACGAAUGUGUGUAAUGGCAGCUCUAUUAGGUUUCGGAAUAGCACAGCUCACUAACAUGGAGGUAGUUAACAGACUUCUGAGACUGCAAGAACAACAGGACAUAAUGGGAAGAAAUUCACAUCAGGUGGCUGAGCUGCAGAGUAGCCAUUCACAGAGCGAGGAAGAGAGUGACAAGAGUUUGAUUAAAUGGGACAACAAUCUCAACCGUCCUCUGAAGGUGGACUGUGAUACUGAAAAAGGAGAAGCUUUGGUUCGAGUGAGAAGCAAGUUUAGCAAAAAGAACAAUGAUCGCCAGUACAAAUGGGACUGUCGUGGUGUUACUAAGCGUGAAGUGGCACUAACUGAUUGUGAAUGGAGCAAAGAAGUAAACAAACGGAAUGGACCAAUCAGCUUCAUUUGUCCAAAGAAUAAGGUCAUGGCGGGAGUAAAGAGUAGGACUCACGGGUCUAAAGGUGACCGCAAGUGGAAAGUAAAAUGUUGUAAAGCUCGUGGACACAUCACAAAAAGUUGCGGAGUCUCUGAGAAGUUAAACAGUUACCAUGGGAAUAUAGACUAUAAAGCAAGCCUUGAGGGAGCUGAACCAUCAGUGUUCGUGGGUAUUCAAAGCCUGGAAAAUCCCAAAAAUGACCGUAUGUGGCAAGUUUUCGAAUGUAACUUUGGACCGCCAAAAUGUACCCAAGAAACUCAAAAUCUGCCUUUGAUUAAAGAUCAAAAUCCACCAAACCAUCCCCCUAAUGACCGUCACUCCUACAACAUCGUACUUGAUAUGAAGAAGCCAAGUCCUCCUCCGUCUUCAGAGCAUAAGAGUCAUACGUACACUACUUAUUCUAGCCCAACGACGAAUGAGGGUGACUACACAAUAGAGGUCGAUCCAAUGAGGGGAGAUAGGAAAGUGAACAAAAUGACACAUGUUGUACAAAAAGACGAGAGUUUAGUCAAUCGUAAACGAAACAGGCCACCUAGAUUACUUCCAGUGCCACCAGGUACCAGUAAACAUCCAGACCUCUCUUCAAAGCAUGAGAAAAAAUCUGCAACUACUUCCCCAUCAAGCAAUGCUGGUCACAUAAUUACGAUUAUUCCCCGUUUUGAUUCGUCUCGUCGUUUCAAUAAACAUUCACCCCCUUACAGUCUACAAUACAAGCAAACCAUCCCUAAACAAUCCCACGAGCGACACAUUCACAUCUAUCCACCUAAAGGGAAUACCCCUGGACUGUUCACUGUAUAUCCAAGACCUGAUAUGGGAGCACCCAAAAUUCGCUACACCGAACCCCCUAAACCUCCGCAAAGGACACACUAUCAUGUGCAACUGCCAUCAGAGAACUCAAAAACGCCAGCUGACCUGCACUAUGAUGUACCAAUACCUGGGGUGAAUAAAGGGGAAAGUGGAAUGAAGUACAGUGCACCACUAAAUAGGCCGAAUGCAAAAGAGAGACAGAAGGUUCAGGAGAACUCUAUCGAAGGAUUGCUUAGGGAAUUAGCAAGAAAGGGCUCCUCCUCGCUAGAGGACUGACUGAACUGAUAUAGUAAUGACCUUAUGGCUAUAAGCAAGGUCCGUAUUGCUAGAAUAUACGAACAUUGCAUUUGUGCUAAUUAUUAUAAAUACCCUAUAGCGGGUUAUUUUCAUAUGGUGGAAAUUUUCGUAUAUUUCUUAUUGGAGAGUAUAAUUAUUAUACGAA